AUGCCGAUGAUGAUACUCAACAUCGUGCUCAUUCUUUCCAUGAUUGCCGUUAUCGGGUCGAGCAAUAGCUAUCGGCACCAAUCGAAUCGCUGCUACAGCUGCAUGUCGGAAAUGUACGAGGCGUUUUUCGCCAACGGUCUCGACAGGUACUUCAACAAACCGCGCAACUUCUCAUCGCAAUGCGACAACGAGAUGAACGUGACGAGCAUGCAAUUGGUGCCGUGCCGCACCAUUUGUCUCACCAUUCAGCAGGAUUUAUACGUGAUGGGCCAACCCACCGGACAUCGGCUUUUCAUGCGCGGUUGUGCGCUCUCGAUCGCACGAAAGGGCCUUUAUAAUCGCACGCUGAGUCUGUUCGAUAAAUAUGAUUUGUGCAGAGACAUGUCAGCGCGCGAUUUGUUCUAUCACGAGCACUCAGAUUCCCAGCGAAUUCGAGUUUGCAGCUGCCUUGGCGACAGAUGCAAUUCGGCACAAUCGACGAGUAACGCACAGUCCUUCAUCGAUAUUCUCGCAAUCUCCGUGAUGGUCGCUUCACUAUUUUAG